AUAAUUGAGUUAGAUUUUAUCGACAAUUAGCCAUUUUAGAGUCGGACGUUUUGAACCUGAGAGGCAUCCUCUCACACAUAGCGACUUUGGGAAAUACUAGCGGGAAUUGGAGAGAGCAAGACCGGACAGAAGCCGAACACCAUAGCCACAUGCAAUUCUAUCUACAGUCCACAGCUACUUCAUACAUACAACUGACUACGCCCUUCUUUUCGUCCUCUUUAUGCUUGUAAUUUGUAAAUAUAUCUAGAUUUUUUUGUAGUACAGUAUAUAGUCCAUCUUUUGCACAAGAUAGAGAUAUAUAUAUUUUUCAUUUUCACCUCAAAAAUUGAUGUUUUAUCUGCUAGGCAAUUUCACAAACACCAACCAGGGAAACCACCACAUCCGUUAACUGCCAUUGAAUUGCUUGCAUACUGUUGCUCCCUAUACUUAUCCUUUCAUUACUUCAUGCAUGGCUGUGAUGAUAUUGAAUUCUUCGAGUAUAUGCAGCUGUAACCAUAGUCAUAUUUCUUUAACCAAUGACAGCAGUAAACCUUGUGUCUCGAGUUACAGUAAUGGCUCGGUAAAAAGAAGAAAGCUUGAUUCUUUUAGUAUUUUGAGAUGUGGGUCAGUGAUGAAAUGGAAGAAAAUCAAGAAAAAGCAUGUUGUUUUUUGUGGGUUUGUCAUGAAAAACUCAGAUGGAGCUGUUUUGAUGAACGGGGAGAUCAAGAAAGACAUGUCCUCUGAGGAAAUAAUUGGACGUCUGAAGUCAGUUCAUGAUUUGGAUCAGGCUUUCUCUUUAUUUAAAGCUAUAGCAGAUCUCCGUCAUGUUAUGCACACUACGGAAACUUGUAACUAUAUGCUCGAGCUUCUGAGAGUGCAUGGACGGAUUGAGGAUAUGGUUUGGGUGUUUGAUAUGAUGCAAAAACAAAUAAUUUAUAGGAAUCAAGAUACUUACUUGAUUAUAUUUAGGAGUCUAAGCGUAAGGGGAGGAAUCCGACAGUCACCAUUUGCACUUGAAAGGAUGAGAAAAUCUGGGUUUUAUUUGAAUGCAUAUUCAUAUAAUGGAUUGAUACAUUUGCUUCUUCAAGCAGGGUUUUGUAGGGAGGCUUUAGUGAUCUAUAAAAGGAUGGUUUCAGAAGAGUUGAAGCCUAGUCUUAAGACCUAUUCUGCUCUAAUGGUGGCUAGUGGUAGGAGAAGAGAUACUGAAACUGUAAUGGGCUUGCUAGAAGAGAUGGAAAAUUUGGGAUUGAGGCCAAACGUUUACACCUUCACCAUCUGCAUCAGAGUGCUUGGCCGAGCAGGAAAGAUCGAUGAGGCUUACGAUAUAUUAAAGAGGAUGGACAGGGAAGGGUGUGCCCCUGAUGUAGUUACUUACACUGUUCUCAUUGAUGCUCUUUGUAAUGCCGGGAAACUUGAUGUUGCAAAGGAAGUGUUUAAGAAGAUGAAAUGUAGUAGCCAUAAACCUGAUUGGGUCACAUAUAUUACUAUGUUGGACAAGUUUAGUGACUGUGGAGAUUUGGACUCUGUAAGGGAAUUUUGGAGCCUAAUGGAGGCUGAUGGUUAUAAAGCAGAUGUUGUUACUUUCACCAUACUCGUUGACGCUUUAUGCAAAGUGGGAAAAGUUAAUGACGCAUUUAUGGUGUUAGGUGAAAUGAAGGAGGUAGGCAUCUUGCCAAAUCUUCAUACUUACAAUACUUUGAUUUGUGGGCUUCUGAGGCUACGGAGAUUGGGCGAAGCAUUAGAACUAUGUGAUAACAUGGAACUGUGUGGUACUCAGCCAAAUGCAUAUACAUACAUCCUGUUCAUUGACUACUAUGGAAAAUUAGGAGAAGCUGACAAAGCUGUUGAAACCUUUGAGAAGAUGAAAGCACGUGGAAUUGCCCCAAAUGUUGUUGCCUGCAAUGCAUCAUUGUAUAGCCUUGCUGAAGUCGGUAGGCUUAGAGAGGCAAAGAAUAUCUUUUAUGGAAUAAAGCAGAGUGGGCUUGUGCCUGAUUCUAUUACCUAUAACAUGAUGAUGAAGUGCUAUAGUAAUGAAGGGAAAGUUGAUGAAGCCAUUCAAUUACUUACUGAAAUGAUAGAUCAUGGCUGUCAUCCUGACGUGAUUGUUCUAAACUCUUUGAUUGACACACUUUACAAGGCUGAUCGGUCAAACGAGGCAUGGGAAAUGUUCUGCAAAAUGAAGGUAUUGAAACUUGUCCCUACAGUCGUCACUUACAACACAUUAUUGGCUGGACUGGGAAAGGAGGGCAAAGUUCAAGAGAGCUACAAAUUAUUUGAGAGCAUGGCAGCAUAUGGUUGCCCACCAAAUACAAUUACUUUCAAUACGCUUCUCGAUUGCCUCUGUAAGAAUGAUGAGGUUGAUUUGGCCUUGAAGAUGCUUUAUGCCAUGACAAAAAGGGAUUGCUUCCCUGACCUUUUUACAUAUAACACAGUCAUCUAUGGAUUAGUAAAGGAUGCUAGAAUUACAGAAGCUUUUUGGCUUUUCCAUCAGAUGAGAAAAAUAUUAUAUCCUGACUGUGUAACUCUGUAUACUCUCCUCCCUGGUGUUGUGAAAGCUGGGUCAGUUGAGAAUGCUUUUAAAGUUGUUAAGGACUUCAUCCACCAGGGUAGAAUUUCGGCUGACAGAUCUUUUUGGGAAAACCUGAUGGCUGGAAUUCUGAAGGAAGCAGAGUUAAAUCAUGCUAUUUCUUUUGCAGAAAAAGUAGUUUUGGUUGGUCUUUGCAGAAAUGGCUCGAUAAUGGUCCCUUUGAUUAAGAUAUUGUGCAAGCAAAAGAAACCCCUUGAUGCUCACAAAUUAUUCACAAAAUUCACUAAAUCUUUUGGGAUGCAGCCAACUCCUGAAGCAUAUUAUCAUUUGAUUGACGGACUUCUUGAUGUUCAUCUUACUGAACUUGCAUGGGGUACUUAUGAAGAGAUGAAGUGUGCUGGCUGUGCUGCCGAUGUCUCAACCUACAAUUUGUUGCUUGAUGAUCUUGCGAAGUCUGGGAAGGUAAAUGAACUUUUUGAUCUGUACAAUGAAAUGCUUCAUAGAGGAUGCCAGCCUGACACGAUAACUCGCAACAUACUCAUUUCUGGUCUUGUAAAGUCUAACAGAUUAGAGAAAGCCAUAGAUCUGUAUUAUGAUCUGAUAAGUGGAGGCUUUUUUCCCACCCCUUGUACUUAUGGUCCUCUUAUAGAUGGUCUGUUGAAGUUGAAAAGACUGGAUGAGGCAAAGACCUUGUUUGAGGAAAUGAUAGAAUAUGGAUGCAAACCUAAUUGUGCUAUCUACAAUAUCUGCUCGAGAAUUGUUCAAUAGAAUGGUUGAGGAGGGGAUUAGACCAGAUUUGAAGUCCUACAGCAUUCUAGUUGAUUGCUUUUGCUUGCUUGGUAGGGUGGAUGACGCCAUGCACUACUUUGAGGAAAUAAAGGCUGCUGGACUCGAUCCAGAUUUGAUUUGUUACAGUAUUAUCAUCAAUGGACUUGGCAAAGCAGGAAAAGUCACGGACGCUCUAACUCUUCUUGAUGAGAUGAGAAGCAGAGGAAUGACCCCUGACCUUUACACUUUCAAUUCAUUAAUAUUUAAUCUUGGAAUUGCUGGAAUGGUGGAGGAAGCAGGAAAUAUGUACAAGGAACUCCAGCUUGUGGGUCUUAAACCUGAUGUUUUUACAUAUAAUGCUCUAAUUAGAGCAUAUAGCAUCUCUGGGAAACCGGAUCAUGCAUAUGGAGUGUAUGAGGAGAUGAUGCUCGAGGGUUGCAGUCCUAACACUGGGACCUUUGCUCAGCUUCCAAAUUAACGUAGUAUCCACAGGAUUGAUUUCUGACUGAUACAAGAGAGAUACAGGGAGAAUUGGCCCUGAUUCGGUUCUUAGAGCCAUUGAUACAUUUCAUGUCAUUUCAAGGUAACACUGGUGCUUGCUAUCAACAAAACAAAAAAGAAGGUAGCUACUGGUGCAGAAGUUUCUUUGUAAAUAUGUAAUAAGGUAAAUUUUUUGUAGAGUGUUAGCAGUGUCAAUACUCCAGACUGCAAAGGUGACUUGUGCUCCUCCGCUCUGUAUAGAUUCUUACUGUAAAGUAUGUAUUUCAGAUUCCAUAGCACUUGCUCAUUUCCUGGAGAAGCUGUAUUGCUAAGUCUUUCCAACAUUGAGAGGUUUAUGCUCAACUUCACCAGUGGUGUAGAAUUAAGUUGCUAUCAUCCAA